AGUGGUCUUUAACACGAUCACAGUAUGCACCACAAUGCUUUAAAACAGCAAAGCUUCUGGAAAACCCAAACAAAAGGAACGUCACCAGGUGACGUCAGCCUAUAUACAGCCCUGUGUGGUCGCAGCGCAUAAGCAAAUCCAUUCUUGUACCGCUUCCCUGAAAAGCUUUUCAGUAAAUGCACUCAUGCUACUACAGGAGCUUCUCUCAGCAAUAAGCCACCCAUCUGCCAUCAACAAGUUAGGACUAAGGGAAGCCACAGCUGCGGAAAGAGAAAACAUGAGCUUCAAUUAAACAGCUGAGCAGCCACAGAGGACGAAAACUUGUAUUAAGCAUUGAUUUAAAAAUUGCAGACCUGUCAGAGGAGAUCAAGCCAGUGAUUUCAAAAGGAAUAUUCCAAGAGAGCAUCGUGGAUUCAAUUUUGCACUAAUAUCAAAGGACACUAAACCCAGUAAAUUAUUCAAAGGCUAUCUUACAUUAGAGCCUUUUACAGACUCACCGCGUUGAGUCUAAAACUACGACUGAAUGCAACCUCCAAUGUACUCAAAAGAAUGGGCUUACAUUUCAAGUGGCCAUUAGGGGCUCGUAUGCUGGCAGCACUAUAUGCAAUGAGUAUGGUUUUAAAAAUGCUGCCUGCCUUGGGCAUGGCUUGUCCACCAAAAUGUCGCUGUGAGAAGCUGCUCUUUUACUGUGACUCUCAGGGGUUUCACUCAGUGCCAAACACCACUGAAAAGGGCUCGCUAGGUUUGUCACUGAGGCACAAUUAUAUUUCUGAACUUGAAAGGGAUCAAUUUGCAAGCUUCAGUCAACUUACUUGGCUUCACUUAGAUCAUAAUCAAAUUGCAACAGUCAGAGAAGAUUCUUUUCAAGGACUGUAUAAACUUAAGGAAUUAGUCUUAAGUUCCAACAAAAUCUUUCAUUUGCCAAACACAACUUUUAGCCAGCUGCUUAACCUGCAGAAUUUGGACCUCUCUUUUAAUCAGUUAUCCUCUCUGCACCCCGAGCUCUUCUACGGCCUUCGCAAGCUACAGACCUUGCACUUGCGUUCCAACUCCCUGCGGACCAUCCCGGUCCGCCUGUUCUGGGACUGUCGUAGCCUGGAGUUCCUGGAUUUGAGCACAAACCGCUUGCGAAGUUUGGCUCGCAACGGAUUUGCAGGAUUAAUCAAGCUGAGGGAGCUUCACCUAGAGCACAACCAGCUGACAAAGAUUAAUUUUGCUCACUUCCUCCGGCUGAGCAGCCUGCACACGCUCUUCUUGCAGUGGAACAAAAUUAGCAACUUGACAUGUGGGAUGGAGUGGACUUGGGGCACCUUAGAAAAGCUCGAUUUGACUGGAAACGAAAUCAAAGCCAUUGACCUAACCGUCUUUGAAACUAUGCCUAACCUUAAAACCCUCCUAAUGGAUAACAACAAGCUCACCACUCUGGAUUCCAAGAUCCUAAGUUCGCUGACAUCCCUCACCACCGUGGGCCUCUCCGGCAAUCUGUGGGAAUGCAGCCCAAAGAUCUGCGCCUUGGCCACAUGGUUGAGUGGCUUCCAAGGUCGGUGGGAGCACUCCAUCCUCUGCCACAGCCCAGACCACACCCAGGGAGAGGAUAUUCUGGAUGCAGUGUAUGGUUUUCAGCUUUGCUGGAAUUUAUCAACUGUUGUUACACCCGUGGCUACAACGUAUGCAGCUCCGACUACUGAGUACACGAAAAGAAUAAGCUCUUCUCAUUUCCAUAUGGGCGACAAAGAGAUUCCAACUACGGCAGGCAUGGUCGUUACCACUGAAGAACAUUUCCCCGAGCCAAACAAUGCCAUCUUCACUCAGAGGGUAAUUACAGGAACAAUGGCUUUAUUGUUUUCUUUCUUUUUUAUCAUUUUUAUAGUGUUCAUCUCCAGGAAGUGCUGCCCUCCCACAUUAAGAAGAAUUAGGCAGUGCUCAAUGAUUCAAAACCACAGGCAGCUCCGAUCCCAAACACGGCUGCAUAUGGCAAAUAUGUCAGACCAAGGACCAUAUAACGAAUACGAACCCACCCAUGAAGGACCCUUCAUCAUCAUUAAUGGCUACGGACAGUGCAAGUGUCAGCAGCUGCCGUAUAAAGAAUGUGAAGUAUAAUACCAACAUGCCAUCAAAAAUUAAAUCAGAUAAGUAACCUAUUUUAAAAUUGUAGGGGACCUACAUCAGAUUCUAAUUUUUACAAAUGUUGACAUAAAGCCUAAUUUUCCAAGCUACUUAAUGGAAACAUUGUUUAUGGAGUGGUGCAGUAUUUUUAAGUUUUUUAAAAAAUAAAUCCAUAAUAUUUUCAGUGUUAAAGCAGCAAUGAUUACAUUAAAGUUGCACUCCUAAUGUUUAAAAGUCUAAAAAGAUGCUCACCUCAAACUAUGUAAAAUGUUUCAUGUUAUGUAAUUAUAUGACUGUGUGUAAACAUUUAUACCCAAGUCUCCACAUUCUACUUUUUCUAAUGAAAACAGUCCGAGGGGAUGGAUACUGGAUAUCUGUACAGAGAUCUGCGGGGGGACAUACGCUCCGUUUGUUCCACUGCAGCUGUAGGAUACCAAACACUCCAGCUGGCUCUGUUCACUUUAAAGGCAGCCGUGGAGGAAGAUUUUCCUCCUCUGAUAAUUUCACUCCAGUAAAAAAGGGGAAGGAAGAAAAAAAAAGAAAAAAAAAAAAGAGCAACAAAGGUCCAGGUGGGGAUUUAAGUGCAUUGGGAACUGGUGAAUUUAUUUUUAAAUACAGUUUUCCUAUCUGCAUAUUCAUAGUUUGGCUUGCUUAAAUGGACCUUGCUAAAGCUCACAACAGAUACAGAAUGGAGCAGUUCACACGGUCACAAAUUAGCAGGACGAUCACAAAUUAGCAGGACGACUCUCCAGGCGCUUACAAAGUAGGCAGUGCAGCUUAUUUAGGAAGGCUCAGUACGACAGGAUCGAUUCUAAAUAUUAAGUGCAUUCAAUUCUUAUCGGCUCUCUGGUUUGACUUGAUGAUGCUUUUCAUGAAUUCAGGCUAAUUACUUACAACUAUGAACAAACAGCAUUUCAACACCUUUUCAUGUGUAAAUACCCUUAAUGCAAGUUUUUCUUAAUUAAAAGUAAAUAUCAACCGCGAGGUUAAGGAGAAGAGGGAAGGAAGGAAGAAGCCUCUCUUUGUCCCCCCGCUGCCCCCCCAGCUGAGGCUUCCUCUCGCCUGGAAGCUAUUUUCAUGCACUAACUCCACUGGUUUCUCUGGAGACAGAAUUAGCCCCUGUAAUAUAAACUCUCACUUGUCCUCCUCUUCCAAAAUGCAAGGUAAUUACCAGGUUGUUUUGUUUUGUUUUUAAAGUACCUUCUGAUAAGUAUAAGUUAGGAUAAUAUAAUUAGUUUAUAGAAUAGCUCACUGAAAAAUGUUUCGUUUCUUGAUAUGGGACAGAAUCUAAACUAGUAUGCCGUUGAAAAAAAUCUUGUAUAAAUAUAUAUACACACACACGCACCUCAUUCUUAAGGAGUAAUUUGGUUUCUUUAGCCAGAAGUACCAUAUUGCUAUUUAUACUAUACUAUGAAAUUAUAUGUAAAUAUUUGCAGAUCUAUGCAGCAGUGGUGGUACUCAGAUGCCACAGGGGCGGGGGGGGUGGGGGGGGUCUGCAAAGAAUUACAUUAUUUUUAAGUCAACUGCUCAAAUAUUGUAAACAUUCUAACCAAAGCUAAAAGGACCAGAGGGAUGGAAAUUUUUUUAAUAUAUAUAUAUACACGUAUGUAUAACUGAAAAAAAAAGUGUUGUGUCCAAUGCUGCAGUGUUAAACAAUUACCAGCAUACACCGAUGAAAAAAAGAAAUUCCUCACAGUGUUGACAUACCUUGAACAAAUCAGUAAUUACAGUAUGCUAAUUGUGUUGUACUAAACUAUUCUGCAAACUUUUUAAACAGAAAAGUCACUGCAUAAAAGUCUGUUUGCUAUUCACUCUGCUUUUAUAUAUCUGUAUUACCACUUAGUGAGGUAUUUAGGGUACAAUUAUACAACAGUUUGAUGUUUUAUUGUGAAAUGAAUUCGUCCAAGGCAAUUACAGCAAGAUAAGUGUGACUUCUGUUAAGAUUUUACAUAAAGAUUUUUCAAUUACUGGUUUUGAAGAUAUUAAUUUGCAUUAUUUUACUUUUACAUGCAGUGCCCUUAUUAUAAAACAAAUAUUUUGUUUACUUCCUGUGACUCUGUACUUUAAUGGAAGAGAUUCAGUGAAGCCUAAUGGUUUUCCAUAGAGAUACCUUUGAACCCUCGUAACUGUUUAUACUGCGAUGAGCCGAUUUACACCUAUUCUAGAAAAUCAAUUACUGCUUUUAACUGAAUACAAUAAAUCCUGUGGGGCAGGUGGACAAAGAGCAAA